UCUUUUGCCCCAGGUUUUCCAAACAGGAAAGAGAAGUGAUUGAGAAAAUUAAAAUACGAUUGGUAUCAUUAUCACCUCUUUCUCUCUCUACUUCUAUUUUUAUUUUAAAAUAAAAAAAUAAAAAACUUUCCACAAAUGGGCAUGUGCUACGACUCCAAAUUAAACCCCAAUUUGCUACCUUACCCAUCUUCUCCUCUUCCCCUUUCUAUUCUCAGUGAAUUGUUCUUGAGCUUCGGAAGCUAAGUAUUUACCUUCGAUCACCAUCAGAAUUUAGAGAUUCAUUAAAGAUUGAAAAAGAUGGGAAGAGGUAAGAUCGUGAUUCGAAGGAUCGAUAAUGUAACGAGCAGACAAGUUACGUUUUCGAAGCGAAGGAAUGGAUUGUUGAAGAAAGCUAAGGAGUUGGCUAUUCUUUGUGACGCCGAAGUCGGAGUUAUGAUCUUCUCUAGCACUGGAAAACUCUCUGAUUUCUCUAACUCCAGGGUCAAUCAAACAACACCUUCCUUUCUCCAGAGAAAGAAGGGGGAAGGGGAUAAGGAAGUUAUGACCCCAGAAAUCAGUAUGAAAUCAGUGAUUGAACGAUACAAAAAGACAAAAGAGGAGCAUCAACAGCUAGCAAACCCCAACUCAGAGGUCAAGUUUUGGCAAAGAGAAGCAGCUAUGCUACGGCAACAAUUAGAGAGUUUGCAAGAAAAUCAUCGAAAAAUGAUGGGUGAAGAACUCUCUGGUUUAAGUGUUAAGGACUUGCAAAAUUUGGAGAGCCAAUUGGAGAUGAGUCUUCGAGGGGUCCAUACCAAAAAGGAUGAACUUCUACUUGGUGAAAUACAAGAGCUAAAUCGAACGGGUAAUCUCGUUCAACAAGAAAAUCUAGAACUACACAAGAAGGUAAAUCUGAUUCGUCAAGAAAACUUGGAGCUUCAAAAGAAGCUCUACGGAUCAAGGGAAGUAGAUGGUACAAACAAAAGUUCUUUUCGCACAAAUGGAAAUAUUCUGAACAUGGAAGAAGAUUCAAAUGAGCCUAUUUGCCUACAGCUUUGCCAACCACAGCAACAAGAUGGUGAAAGAGCAGCAAGAGCAUCAAAAUUUAGACUAGAACUUGCCUAGCAAAGAAGAGCAGUCUGCCAGGUUGACACACUGUCAACAUAGUUUCCCAAGUCCAUGCAGUUUGUUCAAAAGUCGAAUGCAAAUCAAAGAUGAUUCAAGAAACAAGUUCAAGAUAAUCAAUAGAACAAUCUUUAACAUUGUUCACAGUGACUAAGAAAUUAGCUAGCAAUGCCAAACCUGGAUGAAAUGUAAUAAAGAUGCAAAUGUCCUGUUUAAGUGCAAAGUGUAUUAGCACCUAUCCAGUAUCUUUCACAUUUUUUUUUUUGAAAAUUUGUCCUUGUUCAGCACCAUUGUCAAAAAUUUGGGAAAAGUUAGGGACUGCCACUUUGCAAAAACUGCUGUCCGACUAAACAUGUCCCAUGAUUUAGGACUGUAAUAGUAUUGUAACAAGUAUGUGACAGAAAAUCUUAAACACUAA